UAUUCCAGUGAACAAACACUUGCAGGAGGUUAAAUAAGAGCAGUUUACUGUGUGGAAAUGCGGAACUGUUGGCUGUUAGCUCGCCUCAUAUGAGUUAACUGGACUCUCUAGGUUACUGUAGCUUAGCAACAUGGCUAGCUAGCUAGCUGACGCAGGCAGGUUACAGAGUAACAGUUCAGGCUUGUGUAAUCUAGCUAACAAAUAAACCUUUGGAUCUGAGAUCUGAAUGCGAUUUAUAGGCUUCAUUACUGACCAGUAGCUGGUUGUUUCAUUAUCAUAACAUAACAUUGGAGUCUGUAAAGCACUUCUAACUUGAACACUCUAACUUGACUAGUAAAUGAGUGAUUUAAACCAGCUGUUUAGUUCUGACAUUGAUUUAUCUGCACAGGUGAUCUUCAGACGAAGGCUGGCAUGGUGAAGCCAUCCUCCCUGGUGAAGCCGGUGUCUUUGACUAAGAUACCUGGUCGUUAUCUGGCUCAUCAGGAGUCUCUCCCAAAGCUGCCAGUGCCUCCUCUGAAACAGACAUGUGACCGCUACCUGGCCGCGCUGGAGCCCAUAGUGGAUGCUGAGGAGCUGAAACACACAUGCAGGCUGUUGGAGGAGUUUCAGCUGCCCGGUGGAGUGGGAGAAAGACUGCAGAACACCCUGGAGAGGAGGGCAAGCAAGCUGGAAAACUGGCUCUCUGACUGGUGGUUAAAGACAGCAUAUCUGGACUACCGGAUGCCUGUGGUUGUCCACUCGAGUCCUGGAGUCGUCCUUCCUCGCUUACAAUUUAGUGACCGUCGAGGUCAAAUGAGAUAUGCGGCUAAACUGAUUGCAGGAGUUUUGGAUUUCAAGACUAUGAUUGACAAUGAAACGUUACCGGUGGAGUAUCUUGGUGGGAAGCCGCUGUGUAUGAAUCAGUAUUAUCAGGUUCUGUCCUCCUGCCGCAUACCCGGGACCAACAGCGACUCGGUGGUCAAUCACGCUUUGAGCAAGAGACCUCCUACUCACAUCACCGUGGUGCACAACUUCCAGUUCUUUGUGCUGGAUGUGUACAACAGUGAUGGCACACUGCUGACGGUAGAUCAGCUCUAUAUUCAGCUGGAGAAAAUCUGUAACUCUUCCCUGCAGAGCAACAAGGAGCCGAUCGGCAUCCUCACCUCCAAUCACCGUAACAGCUGGGGCAAAGCCUACGCCAACCUCAUUAAAGACAGAACGAAUAAGGAGUCAGUGCAGGCUAUUCAGAAGAGCAUCUUUACCGUGUGUCUGGACGCUCCAAUGCCCCGGGUCUCAGACGAGAUGUACCGCACUCGAGCAGCUGUGCAGAUGCUGCAUGGAGGAGGCAGCCGGUGGAACAGUGGAAACCGCUGGUUCGAUAAAACACUUCAGUUUAUCAUUGGUGAAGAUGGGACAUGCGGUAUCAUCUAUGAACACGCCCCUGCAGAAGGUCCUCCAAUCGUGGCCCUGAUUGAUCACGUGGUGGAGUACACAAACAAGUCCGAGAUGAUUCGUACACCCAUGGUUCCUCUGCCCAUGCCUCAGAAACUGCACUUCAACAUCACCCCAGAGAUUAAAAGCGACAUCGAGGAGGCCAAGCAGAACAUGAAUAUAAUGGUUCAGGACUUGGAUGUGAGAGUCAUUGUGUUCUCCCACUUUGGUAAAAAUGUUCCAAAGUCUUAUAGGAUGAGUCCUGACGCAUUCAUUCAGGUGGCUCUACAGCUGGCUUAUUACAGGCUGUACAAGCGUUGCUGUGCCACGUACGAGAGUGCCUCUCUGCGCAUGUUCAAACUGGGCCGAACAGACACCAUACGCUCAGCAUCCAUCAACUCUGCCAACUUUGUCCGAGCCAUGGACGACCCUGUCAAGCAGAGCCCAGAGAAGGUGACUCUGCUGGAGAAGGCAGUGAAGGCACACAGAGCGUACACAGACAUGGCAAUCCGUGGGCAAGCCAUCGACAGGCAUUUGCUUGGCCUGAAGCUGCAGGCUGUUGAAGACUUGUCAGCCCUGCCAGAAAUCUUCACGGACACGUCUUAUGCCAAAGCCAACCACUACAACCUUUCCACCAGCCAGGUCCCAGCUAAGACCGACUGCGUGAUGUGUUUCGGCCCAGUGGUUCCUGAUGGCUACGGCGUCUGCUACAACCCCAUGGAGAAACACAUUAACUUUGCAGUCUCUGCUUUUAACAGCUGUGCAGACACCAGCGCCACACGACUGGCCCACGCUCUGGAGGACGCUCUGCUGGACAUGAAGAGCCUGCUGGAUCAGACACUCAAAUCCAAGCUGUGAGGACAGAGACGCUCACUACAGACUCUGUGGCCAUUACGCUGAAGUACAUGAGAGGACGUUAAGUCCAAGAUGAAAAUUUGAUCCUUUAAUGGAGCAUGUGUCAAUCACUUUGCACAGAGCCAUUGUUUGGAAUGAUAUGAAUUUUUAUAUUCUUGUACAGACCUGGUUAAUGAAGUAAGUGUUUCAAAGAGCUGCCACUUUACUGGUUGUUUUUUCAGCAGUAGGCAGAAAAUUACCUACAAAAUUACUUACUGUUAAGAGACUUGUGGCAUUUCUACAUUUCAUCUUCCAUGUAGCAGAGCUUAUGUCCGUUAAAAAUGGCGCAUUUCAUUUUUUUAUUGAUCUUAAAUCAUGAAAACUGAGAAUAAGUGAUAAGUCAGUGAAGUGGGACUUAUUAUGUGAUCAGUUGCCACUAUGCCAGUUGUGUGUGUGUGAGAGAUAUUGUGAUUUAAAAUUUAAUUUGGUGAAUCAGAUAAUUGCUGUAUACUUUAAAUACUGAGGCAGAAAUAUUAGUUUUUCACUUAUUUGCACAGUGAUUUGUACAGGACUCUACUGUAAAUUAUUUAACAUUCGUGUUAUAAUGAGUACCAUGUGCUGCAGAUUGUAAACGCUAUACUACUGCAUGGCCUCUCCUUUUUUUUUGACUUUUUUUUUUUUUUGUGUCGUGAUUAAGGUGCCUUGUAACUACAAGUGGCAAAAUAAUUUCUACUCUAAAAGAAAACAGUUCAUAUCUGAUGUUCAUUCAGAAAGUUCAACAAUAAAAGAGAUUGACUAAAAGUCAGUGUCUGGUAGUAAGUGGCUCUAUCUCUAAAUAGGGCUUGGUUAUAUAACAAUAUGAUAACAGUAUUAUGAGUUACACCACAGUAUACUUUCCAACUGUAUAUCACCAAUAAUUUGACAAAAAUUUCACAAUACUCACUUGAUACAGUAAUAAGUGCCUGAUUUUUUUUAAAUGUUUAAUUCAUUGCCUCUUGUAACUUGUUAAACUAUUUACACUUUUGUAAACAUUUUUAGAAAGAAUACAUUUUACCUUUCAGUUUUUCAUGUGGCACUACAGUUUUGCUUAUUGUGAUACAUGUCGUGAAUGUGAAACUGCCUUCCACUAUCAUGACAUUAUCUUUCUGACAUUUCAUCUACUUUUACUAACAGUGCAGCUACAGUCAGGUUGCCUGUGGUUACAUAAUUAAAUAAAAGAAAUAAAGAAAAUCCGUGUUUCAUGGGAAA